AAGCAAUAAACUCAAUGAAAUAGUCACACAAACAGCUAUAUAUUACUCUAGUUGUCCAGCUUUGGCUCUGCUAACCAAAAGAGGAAAAAGUGGCCCCUAACAGAGUAAAUGUGCAACCUUUUUAUGAAUUUCUUGCAUAUUUUUAGUUCAUAAGAUAAACCCUGAUUAAAUAAACUAUCACUUGAAGAAAAAAUAAAAUAGUGACAGAAAAAGGUGCUUCUGCAGCUGGUUUUCUCUUCGGCAAUGAACCCGGUUAACCGCUUUUACAAAGUUUAGGAUCCUUUGUUCAAGAUUUAAGACAUGCUGUUUUCACAGAAGAUUGUGAUUAUUGUCUCACUUUUAUAGGUCUCAAUAUCUUAGACCUUCCAACAUCAGUCGGAUCAUCUCACGAACGAACGAAUAUGGAGAAUGUCAAGUCGAGCAACAAUGGAGAGAUGAGUCCGAAACUUUUGUUCGAGAUCAAACUUCACGGGUUUCUACUAUGGGCUUCAGUUGGCUUACUAAUGCCAUUUGCAAUACUCGUGAAGAGGAUGUCAAACAGAGAAGCAUCCGGAAGCAGGUUAAGAAUCAUAUUCUAUGUUCAUGCUAUUGCACAGGCAAGCUCUCUUGUUUCUUCUUUAUGUGGUUAAAAGCUAUUUCGACUGAUUUAUGGGGUUAAAGCUAUGGUUUGUCGGAUAAUAUACGAUUAAUCCGUAUCAUUAUCAAUCAAAACCAAUCAUCUUAAGCUAAAAUUAUUUGUGUUAUUGUUUCUUUCUUUUCCAGUACUGUGUUUGUUGUCUUUGCAUGAUAAACAUUAUCUCUACAGUGUCUUAAUGACAUCUCAUUACUGAUUAGUGAUUAGAAUUCAGUUUAGUUAGCUAAGAUACCCCCACAAUCAAUUUUUAAUGACUUAUAAAUUGCAUGUAAUGAUGUCUAGUUGGGUCCUAAUCAUUAUGACUACUUGAAUGGAAAAGAAAACCACUGUGCUUAGCUUUAUCCUCAAAAUCAAUUACUAGGCUAAAAAAGUUUCCCUAGUUGUUUUGUUUCAGUAAGAAUAACUGAAAUUUUCUUGGUGACUAAAAUUUGUGAAACUUUUAAUCACACAGGUUUUAUCAGUGCUCCUUGCAACAGCAGGAGCAAUAAUGUCGAUAAAAUUCUUCGACAACUCUUUCAACAACAUUCAUCAAAGGAUAGGUUUAGCCUUCUAUAUAAUCAUGUGGUUGCAAGCAUUACUCGGCAUCUUUAGGCCACGAAGGGGAAGCAAACAUAGAAGCAUUUGGUUUCUUUUUCACUGGCUAGUCGGCAUAGCAGUUUCCAUGCUUGGUAUUAUCAACAUAUACACCGGUUUACAAGCCUACAAAAGGCGAACGUCAAAGGACAUUAGGAUUUGGAACAUCAUUUUCACAGCCGAGGUCUCACUCAUAUUCUUCCUCUAUCUUCUCCAAGAAAAAUGGCAAUAUAUAUGGAAACAAGGCACGAUAUUAGAAAAUAAGCCUUGUUGAGUAUCUGCAUUAACUAUAGCCGACUUGAGAAAAUGUAUGUAUUGUAGGCUUGAAGCAUGAUUUGGCUUUGUUUGGGACUUCGAACGUGUAGAUUCUGAUUACACGGAGAGUCCCACAGUCAAAUCUAAGUACAUUGUAAAAUGGAUAUGAAAUUUUAUAUCAUAGGGGGUUUGUUUCGUAACGGGCUUUCGAAAUACUGUAUCACAUGAAAAGUGAUUUCUCUGUAAAUAUGAAUUCAUCCAAGGUAGAAACUGUUACCAAUUAACAUUCAGG